CAGUCCCCCCCUCCUCCAGCGAGGCUGUAGCUGUAAUGGGACCCAGCAUGCAGACAAAGUGCGGAGGGCGGUGCCAGAUCCUGAGCGCCGUUGUGUGCCCAGGCCCGUGUGUGGCCGGUGUGGUGGGGUACAAGAUGCCGCGCUACUGCCUCUUCGGGGACACCGUGAACACCGCCUCCCGCAUGGAGACAACGAGCCUGCCACAGAAAAUCCACAUCAGCUCGGCGACCUACGCAGAGCUGUCCAGGGACGAGGCGUACAUCAUGGAGCCACGUGGGGAGAUCCAAGUCAAGGGCAAGGGCAUCAUGAAGACCUACUGGCUGCUUGGCCACCGUGACUACAGCGUGCACAACGACAGCCUCGUGUGCCACUGGCAGCCGCGCACACGCCGGGCCGACUGCGACGCCUCCUCCCUCACGACGAUCGCCGAGAAGACGUCGCCACCGCCGAGCGGGAGCCCCGGUCCUCGUGCUGACGCGGCCAAUCGGACGCCACGUGAUCUCGCUGACGAAUCAGAAAACGGACGCCAGUCGCCACCCAAAGACGGCGUGACUUUGAACGCAGCACAGCUGCCUGGCCGGGUCAACCACUCUUACUCGCCCGAGGGGUGAGCAUGAGAGAGAGUCGACCACUCGUACUCGAUGGGAAUUCCCGCAGGUGAGAUUGCGUGGAAGAAGAGUGAUUGCAGAUGGAUGUGGCAAUAUGGGAUUUAGUAUGAGUUACUGUAAAUAUAUCCAUAUCAGUGUAAAACAAGGGAAUGGAUUGACCCAUAAUGCACCCCUCGUAUAGAGUAGCCAUGGUUUUUACUGGAAAAUAAACACCCCUCGCGAAGGGCAUGAAAAUGGUAUGGCCCAUAUUGUGUAACUGGUAUUAAGGAGAGAGGACAUUUCAAGGGAGACUGAGCGGCCGUGUGGGGGAGAAACGAGGUCCAUUCUUCAAGGAUGAAUCUAUAUUGAUAUGAGCCCACAGAUAGGCCCGUGCUAUGCGGCGCAGGAGUCAACGAUGGGCUGCAGAGCCAGUGGGUGAGGUGGUGACUCUGCUGAGAGCGUCGUCAGGCGCUGCUAUCGGGCCGUGCGAGAGGAUCGGGACAGUUGAUGGGGAGAGAGCCACUGGCCUUCUCCUCCAGGUCUUCUGGACGCCCGAGACGUCUCAAGUUAGCGAGACGGCACUCCAAAAAGUGAAGCUCCAAGGAAGUUGUGCCGCUGCGCUUCAGUGCAGACUUGCAGCAAGAGCAGUGGAGGGUGCAAAACCCGAGUGUUGAUUGCGGUGUCUCGAGUAGAUGUACAUACGCGUGUUGAAUGUCUCUCGCGCACCGAACGUAGCCAACCGUGCUAAUCGGAUGUGCCAAUAGCCCAUCUGUUAAACUAUCAUCUCA